AUGACGCUGCAGCAAAAGGAGACGAUUCAUCUCACAUUUGGAGCGCUUCCGCUUCACAUCUCCACCAACUUCUUCAAUCAGCAGUCGUCACACUUUCAAUACUCGGCGCCAGACGAAGGCGAGGAGGCAAGCGAGCCAACGCUCGAUGCCGACGUCGACUUCCAAGAGGGGGUGGGCACGCGACGCGGUGAGAGCACCUUCUUCCCCAGGGAGAUCGUCUGUGCCUUCAAGGAGGAGCUGGGCACGAGAUGGGGAGCGUACGAUGUUGUGUUCGAAGAUGAUGAUGACGAGGAAAAUCGAAGAGACCAACUAGCGCCAGAAGAUGGCGUAUACGAUGAGGAGGUUCUCCGAGCAGCCAAUGCGCCCAAGGAAGGCUUGCUCGCUUGGUCUCGUCCCGCUGAGGUUUUUCGUACUAGUGGAAGAGUUCGCCGGGCGGUUUAUGCGGAGGAGGUGGACGAUGAGGAGGCGGACGACACAGAUGAUGAUUAUGAGUAUGAGCAAAGAGUAGAAACAAAAGACACCACACCAGAGCCUUCGACAUUAGCCGCGGUGCCGGUGAAAAGACAAGCACCGGGACGAAGGCUGCCUCCUUUCGCAUAUGCGCACAAUCCUCACCAUCCGCGAAGCAUCGUGACCUUACCCCAGAUGCAUGGAGCUGCCGGUGCGCUCGGUCCGAUGGGUGCAGACCGGCACCAAGGCUUCGCUCCGCUCGACUCCUUUGAAGCUGGCUGGUCACUUGCCCGAGAAAUGGAGCGCGACUCUUCAGCUGUUGACGAGUCGCUGCGCUUCUUUGCCGAGAACAGCGACCUGCUCCAGACAUUUAACCUAGUCUCGUCGAGCUCUGACGGCUUCUCUGGCCUCGCGCACGCAACCCUCGAAGUACUGCAAGACGAGUAUCCGAAAACACCCGUGGUUGCCUGGGCAGCGCAAUGGGGUGAAGUUGACUUCGAAGCCGUCGGGGAGGACGCCGAGAGGGCCAGGCUGUCGAAAUUGAGAAGGACCAACCAGAUACUCUCCCUGUGGUCUUUGUCGCAUGCCAGCCUCUUCGUCCCGCUCCAUCUUCCUUCAUCUCUCAGCCAAGUAUCAGACUCUCCCUUUACGAAGCAUGCCGAUUGGACCGACCCGAGAAAUGCUGGUGCACUGUUCGCUGCUAAUAUGGACACGGCAACGCUUCUUUCAAGACUGAGGAAAGGGCGAGAACCAACCUCGACGAUGAUAUCACGUCUCAAUUGGCGGCAUGACACGCCGAUUGCCUCGCUCUCCGGUUGCCUCCCUACGCCGCCCUUAGCACCAAUAGUUAUGGAAAGCUCAAACAAGAUGGACCCCAUCGAAGCUCUGCUAGCAUCGAGGGGCUACGGUUCCAGGCCAUCUAAACGAGGCCCUGAGCAUCUGUCGCCCCAGGAACGAGCCGAGAGGGGUGCUCAGCAGAUUCGACGGUACAACGCCAACUUCUCAUUCAAGGAGCAAGAGGGCCAAAGUCUUUCGUCAACGGACUUUGCGAAUCAUGCUGUCGCAAGGGAUGACGAUAUGCUGGCGAAAACACCUACGAAAGAGGCCUUGGAAAGGUAUCUGUCCAACGGAGAGACCAUCGAUGAACCUCUCACAAAGGCCAGCUUCGUGCCCUUGGGCUUCAAUGUGCGCUCAGCGGCAUUCCCCCAGAUAUUUGGCAGAAACGUUACGAGCCAGGGAAGGAUGAUGGCAUCGAGCCAAGUCAAGACGAGAAGGGUUGACAAGGUGUCGAUGGCGACGACGCUUCGGACGACGCCUUCAACGUCCAAUACGCUUCGACCUGCAAAAGCUUUCGUCGAUCGCACCUUGAUCAGAGGUCACGCUCCGCUCUCGGCCUUUGGGAUUGGCGGAACGCGAGGCACAGCCGCAGGACAAGCAGCGAACGACGAGAGCGAGGGCUUGCUCGGCGGGCGGGAUGGCCUGAUGGAGAUCCGUGAGAGGCUAGAGGAGUUGCUCAGCGCGUACGAGGAGGAAGGAGCCACAGGGCAUGAUGCAGAGGAAGGGAUGGGAACCGACGAAGAAUAUGCACAGGAAGCGGGCGAUGAAGAUUGGGACUUGUAA